CACUCGGAUCCUGCACCUCUCCGGUCGCAAAACAAGCCAACAAGGCCAAAAACAACCGCAGUCCAGUCCUUAUCCUUUUCUCACCUUGGAACACUGAACGAAUGGCGAGCCCCGCGAUCGCAGCGCCGUCGACCCCGCUUCCGUCAACCCUCGGCUCGCUGACGGGCAGCCAUGGGUCGACCGCCACAUUGCAGGCGGUGCCCACUGCUGCCGUGUCGGCGACCUCGAUGACCUCGCUCGACCGGUCUGGCCUCAGUUCGCUUUCGCAUUCGGUGAACGACCUGACUUCGACCUCGGCCGACUGGUCCCGCGGGCUCACCAACGCCACGGGCGACAACCACUGCUUCAUGAACGGCGUCGUGCAGCUCCUGUGGCAUCUCGCGCCCUUCCGCGACGCCUUUGCCGCAGUCGACAGCCAUCACUGCUCGGACACACAAAACCAGCUCGACUGCGUCUUUUGCGCGCUCAAGACAAUCUUUAACAAUACAACCGACUCACACGUCCCUCCGGACGCUCUCCGAAGCGCGUUGAGCUCAGUGUACAAGUCAUCGUCGCGGUUCCAGCUUGGCGACAUGAAUGACGCAGUGGAGUGCUUGGAGGCCAUCCAAAGCACCAUCCACUCGCAGGUCGUCGGCGACCAGGUCAAGGACGAUCACUACGACUCGUGCACGGCGCCGACCUGCCCAGUUCACAGCGUUUUUGCGCUGCGCGUGUCCGAGCAUGUAAAGUGCAGCAGCUGCGGCGCGCAGUCGAAGGAUUUCGAGUUUGAAAAGAGCAUCCACUACGUUGCCGUCGAAGCGCUUGCAGAGCAAGUCCACCACGAGCGCAAGCGCCGCAGAAAAACCAACACGUACCGCUUGAGCAUCAUUGCUCCCAACACCAAGGACGCGCCGCCGGCCAACGGCAAUCCCCGAGCGAGCCUGUCGAGUGGAAGCGCUGGCAAUGUCGAGGACGAGCCCUGGCCCGCUGGUUGGGAAAAGGUCGAAGCCCCCGAAGGCAAGUUGUACUUUCACGACCACAACUCUAAAAUCACGUAUUGGACGGAUCCGCGCCUCCGAGUGCGGGCUGGUUUGCCGCACGGCUGGGACUUUUCCACGACAGAGACUGGCGAAAUGUACUAUGUCGAUCACGUUACCAAGGGCUCUGCCUGGACGCCGCCGCUUGCGACGCGCUCCAUCCAAGCCACCUUGCAUGAGUGCAUUCCACCCGUGGCCCUCGACCACCUGCUGAAUGCAGUGAACGAAUCCGACGUGCGCAGCUGCCAAAAGACCUGCGGCACCGUCAACACGAUCGUCCCCACUCUCCACAGCGCACCGAGCGUCUUUGCCUUGGCCCUCGUCUGGGGCAGCACGCGGCCGCAGAGCGAGCUGAUUUCAGAGGUGCUGGAGCUGCUGGCCCCUGCGCUGGACUUGGCGACCGUGUUUCACCGCACGCGGCCCACCGAGCCAAAGGCAAAACGUCGUUGGAGUCUGGCAGAUCCUGACAACCGCCUCAAUGCCGACGCCUUUGCUGCCAAGGACGCUCUGCCAAUGUCCCUGACCGGACUGGUAUGCUACUACGGCAAGCACUAUAUUGCCUUCUUUUACAACCCGCGAGACCGGAUGUGGAUGAUGUACGAUGAUGCGACCGUCAAGCCGGUCGGGCCAACGUGGGCGUCGCUCAUCGCCAAGUGCAAGGCCUCAAAGUUCCAACCUGCCGUCCUGCUUUACCAACGCUGCACGUUCGAGGAGGCUCGGGCGCUGGCGACCCAGUACAUUAGCGAGUACAAUGAGAUUGUGGAAAAGCGGGCGGUUGCGAAGGCGCGCGACCAGCAUCUCAUCCAGCUCACCGAGUACGAGCUCAACCGCAUCUCCAGCUCCAUCUCGGACGCCGCAGACGCGUCGGGCGUGAUUACGUCUCCCUUUGCCACCCUCAGCUCGUCCGGCAUGCUCGCCAAGCUCCACAAGGGCGGCAUCGCCUCCAAGCUCGGCUCGCUCGCCACACGCGACAAUGUUGCCCAGCUGAACCGCCGUCCAAGCGCGAUUGAUACGUUUGAGGCGCAUGCGGCCGAGGAGGACGACGCAGCGUUGGCGCGCCGGCUGGCAGCAGAGUUUGAGAGCGAAGACCAAGCCUCACGCCAGUCCGCAGAAGACGCCGAUGCCGCGUUUGCCCGCCAACUGCACAACGAGAUGGUCGCCCAGCACCGCGCGGCGCAAGAGCAGUUCCGAUUGCGACAGGCCGAGCAGCAGGCGCGCUUGCAGCAGCAGCAGCAGCAGCCGCAGCCGCAACAACAACAACAACAACAUGCAGCAGCACCUAGCACGUCCGAUCCCGCGACUACCAGUGUGACUACCGACCCAGGCGUCACCACCUCGAAUGCUGCUGCUGCUCCUGCUCCUGCACCUGGUCCGCGUGUCAAGCUCGAACACAUCUCUGCCAGCGCAUUCAGAGAAGGAUCCUUGUUCCUGAAAGAACGCAAACACUUGAUCAAGUCCGCCUGGAAGGAGCGUCGAUUCUCCUUGCGCGGUCCGUACUUGACGUUUGUCAAGCCAAACAAGGUCGACUCAAUCAAGGUGGUCGACCACCUGGACAAGUGCGUCUUGCUUGUCAUUGACCAGAGUCACACGCGGCUGUCCGGGUCCAGCGGAUUGGAGUCGGUCCGCGAUCGCUCCAAACCUGCGGCCGCGGACGCCUCGCUUUCUCGAAGCCCAUCCGCAGCUAGCUCUGCGAGCUCGGCGUCCGUCUUGAGCCGAGCGUCGUCCAACGAGCGCAUCGGCACUGUCAACGGCAAAAAGGCGGCGACUCCCACUCCUUUCUACUUUCAACUGCGCCACCCGAAAAUGCUGUAUGAGCUCUGUGCCGCCUCGGAGGAAGACAUGCAGCAGUGGCUGCUCAUGCUCGAACGUGCCGGCGCUCGACGGGGCUCGCUCAAAGAGUCACACGCGACAGGCUCUGAAAGCGCAACGCCACCGUCACCUGCUCCUGCUUCCGACGCUGCGACUGCGCCGGGUACUGAUUCUGCCCCAUCGUCGCCAUCAACGUCCAACCCGGCUGCGUCCCCGUUUGUGUUUAAUGCUGCAAACUAUUACUAGAUUUGGAUUGAUUUGUUGAACUGAAUGUUGUCUUUUUUUGCUUGGACAUUAAAGUUAUGCACAG